AGGUAUUACCUUCGGCAAUGAACAUAUCGUCUUCCUUAUUAUCGGUUGUAUGGUGCUCUUUUUCAUGGUGUGUCUUCCAAUUGACUUCUACAACUACCAUAAAAAGCGGAAAGAUAAAAAGGAUCGACAAGGGUCCAGUAUGGUUUACUCUCGAACAGGUCCCAGGCCAUUUCAUGUAAUCGUCAACCAAGAAUCAAACUCGGAAGAGACGCACCAAGCGCGACACACGAAAACGAGACGUCCGUUUUUCAAGUUUAUGGGUCUCGUAGCGCUACUAAAAAAGAAGCCGGCUUCAGGCGACGACCAAGUCGAGAGUAUUGUCGACGACGGAGUAACACCAUCGACAUCAACGAAAUCGAUGAGUGUGUCAACGAUGUAUUGUAACAGUGUUGGACUAUCUGCUGAUUCGAUGAGUCCAGCGGAACAUAUCGAACUGCCAGAGUUACCGUACGACAACGCAAGGAAACCGAAAGAACUUUAUAAUUUUGUGGACGAAGAAAAUUCCUGAUUACUUUUGCUAAAAUCGAAUCUCGAAGUGAUAAAAAAUCCGGAAUCCGAGAUUUUGUUGGCAAAAAUUAAUCCAUAGAAGAAUUAAUAGAAGAUUUCUGAAAGUUGAUUUGCCGGGAGACAAAAAAAAAAAAAUCAACUUGCUGUGUUCUCCUCCGAAUAUCUAAAUGCUUUCUUGUUGCAAAUGCUGCAUGAGACGGAAGUGACGUGUAAUGAGGCUUUAACAGUUUGCAUAGUUCUAAUAUAUUAAAAUAAUUGGAUUUAUAUGUUUUAUAAAAGAAAAAAAGAACACUUCCGGUUUUAUGCUAACACUUUAUGCCAAGUUGCCCCCAAAUGGGAAAAUAUAGGAUUGGUUUAAUUGACAAUUUCCGACCGAAAUUAUUUUAAAUUUUGAACUAUUUUAUAAAAUAUAUGAUUCUUCAUUUUUUACUCUCGGAAAAAACAAAAAUAAUAAUGAAUAAAAAUAAGCAUAAUUACAAAAAAAAAAAACGAGAGUAAAAAUAAACAUCUGCAUAUAACUAUUUUCGAGUGGAAUAUCCGGAAAAUAGGAAUAAUCGAUGCAUGUCAAUAACGGUAAUUAUAAAAAUGUAAUCUUCAAGCUGGGUUUAAAAGCUAUGACAAGGGUUAAAGAUAAGAAGAGGUGGUGAGAUUUUUAUCAACUUGAAAUUAUUUCUAUUUUAAUUACUGAAACAUCCGUAGAGAAGUUUUGUAUAGAAAAGUGUUUUGUACGACUGAAAUUAUUUUAAUUGAGUUAAAAUGAACACUAACGUAAUUUGUUUGAUUUCUGCUUGGUAUAUUAACGCUUAAAUAAUUUAAAUAUUUCUUAAGAAAACAUGUGCCGGAAGUAUUGUUAAUGUCGGUAAACCAAUUGCGUAAAAUGACGGGAAAUUAAAUAAAAAAAAACAUGAAUAUUUAUUAAAUUAUUGAUUUUUAAGAAGAAGAAAAAAAAACUAAAAUACAUGUAAGAGAAAUAUGUUGUAAGACUUUUAACGUUAAAAUAAAUUAUUGUUUGUUACA